AUGAGUUGCAGAUUUUCUAGGCAAAUGCUUUAUCUGCAUCGUUGUUGGGGCAGUUUUUGUAGGCGCAUUGUUACACUAAGUACAGGAAAACAGCAUCUUCUUUCAUUACAGACGUGUCCUGUGUCUGGUCGAAGCUUCAGCAUUGCAGCCACAGCGUCUGUGUUCACCCUGCUGUUGCUGAGCCAGCGCCACCGAUUGUAUGAGGCAGCAUUGAUUUCAUCCACACGUGGUCAUAGUUCUAGUACAGUGUCAUCUUCAUCUGGUCAGUCGUCCAGUAACACAGAACAUCGAGAAAAACUGCAAGAAAUGUCCAAGCCUGUUAUAUCAGACAAGCUGAAGACGGCCAAAGAAGAGGCCGUAUGGGGAUUGUUUGUGGCCGAUUCAGUAGCCAUGCCUGUCCACUGGUACUACGACCCUCGGGAUAUUAAAAAAGAUUAUGGAAAAUGGCUGCAAGGUUAUGUUGCUCCAAACGGGAAACAUCCUUCAUCUAUUCUAAGACUGUCAGCCGUUGAUGGCAGUGGAAGAGGGUCAAACGUGAGUGAAAAUUCAAUUAUCGGCAACGUGAUUCUUCACGACAAGCUCAAGUACUGGACUGGUGGCUCUAGUAACAAUCAUUACCAUCAAGGUAUGGCAGCAGGAGACAACACAUUGAAUGCAGUUAUGGCUCUCCAUGAACUGAAAACCAUAAACAGGUUUGACCCUGACCUUGUGAAGCCGGAGAGGGAUGUCAGAGGGGCGGUACUUGAGGAGUAUGUGAAGUUUAUGACAACCCCUGGCACACACAACGACACGUACGCCGAAUCCUUUCACCGAUCUUUCUUCAGAGAUUGGGUGAACAAAGGGAAACCGACAUUACCCAGUGAGCUUUUGGAGUUUGCGGAAAAUAGAUCAAAACAAAUGAUGCAGGAGCGACCAGACCAUCAGCUGGCGGUGGUAGGUAGUCUGGUGCCGGCGAUUCCCUGGAUCAUCAGGAAUGCUCACAGGUCGGAGAAAGACUGCGCUCAGAACACUGUAGACUUUGUUAAGCUGACUCAUCCAGUGCCGUCUUUAAUUCCUUUCAUUGAGUGCUACUCCCGUCUGCUGCAUUCAGUUAUUAACGGCAGGGAUUUGAAAUCUGAGAUAAUGGCUGUUCUUGGUCACUCAAUUCUGGGAGGUCCAGGAAACCGGGACCGGAUCCUUUUCAUAUCGAGUGAGAUUGAACAAAUUCCUAAAGGCUCCGAAGAGAGACUGAAGCAAUACCAGAAAGUAAUUGCAACCCUGGGAUCCGCAUGUUAUAUUGAGGGAGCUCUGAACUCGAUGCUGUUUUUGGCACUUCAGUUUCAUGAUGAUUUUGAGGCUGGAGUUUUGACCAACGCCAACUGUGGGGGUGAAAAUUGCCACCGUGGAGCAGCACUGGGCGCUUUACUUGCUGCGGCAGCUGCCAAUAGAGGGUCAGGAGUCCCAAACAAGUUCAAGGAGGGUCUGAACUCUCUGAGAUCAGAGAUUCAAAAAGUUGUUGCUGAGAUGAAUCAGUGA